GCAGUCCUCCGCUGCAGUGUGUGCUCCAUGAGUGGAAAUCCCAUAUGGUGAAGGACAGCAGCAGCCCAACAUUUGGGGACCAGUUCUCCUGCUCUCUGGAGGAGGAGGAUGUCCCUCACAUCAUCAUCAGGUUUGAGGUUAAAGAAUUUUAUAAAUUAUCCAGGCAUAGGAUCCUGGGAGAGGUCAGAGUUCAUCUGUGCGAUAUGGAAAUCUCAUACCCUCUUGAAGUCAUCAAGGACCUACAGGCACCACAGAAGGACCUGGUUGGAGAGGUGCUUCUCUUUAUGAAGUAUCUCCAGAGGCUAGAGGUUGGUCUGCUGAAAAUCAGGGCACCACCUCAGCCAAGUAAAAAAAAUCAAGCACUGUAUGGCAAGAUCAGUGUCCUCUGCAACCAGUUCAAGCUGCGGCACCAGAAGUCCACUGUGAAGACCUGGAGGGAAGUGACCGUCUUCAACGAAGUCAUGAUGUUCACAUUGCCAGACCUACAGAUCAGGGAGUGCUGCAUUGUGGUCUCUGUGUACGAGAUCCCUGCAGCCAAGAAGUCAUCCAAACGCCUGGUUGGCCAGGUCACCUUUGGAAAGGGAAAGAGCUCAGAGGAUGAACACUGGAGUUUGAUGAUGCGAUCAAUUCGUCAGCCAAUAGCAAAGUGGCAUCAGCUCUUAAUCUGAGGCUAGCCAGGCCAGACUACCUACUUUGACUAUGUUCUUGUGAUGCACAGCAUAUUGGAACUGUGUGAAGGAUCAGCAUUACAGGGGAUUUACACUGACAUUUAGUUUUUCAAGCUAUUUCUCACAACUGAUAUCACCUAUCUAUGAAAUAUAGACUACUAUAUUGAAACUGUGUGGAUAAAUAAUACACCUGAUCACCUGUGAAUAAUAGAAGUAUUACCAGUAGGCUAAGUAUUUAACGUUGCGCUGCACCCCCCCUCCUCUUUUUUAUGAACACUAGAGGGCACACUUUCUUACUCAGUAGUUCAUUUCUUGAAGAAAUCUAUAGGCAAAGAGGUUGAGUAAAAACAUUCACAUAUUUAUACAAUCUCGGCUCUGAAGUCGGACUCCCACGAGCAGUUUAGGCACUUUCAAGGUACUUCAAUUUCUUCUAGAAAAUUGGUGCAGACAGUGGCGUCAUGCCCAUAGGGGGCAUUUUGUUUUUUUAAGAUGUUAAAUUCAUUUCUAAACUAAAUUUCAAGCCCACAUUUUAUCAUAAUUAUUUAUAAAAAGAUCUGUCAGCUGUAUUUUGUGGAGGGAACAUACUGACUGGACCAGGCAAAGAAUAGCCCCCAUCCCCAUUCUCCCUGGUAAGUGGUUCCUUCCAAGGUGCACGGAGCAAAAAGAUGCCUAGGCAGGAUGCUAGAUAAUGCUAGAUAGACGUCAAUUCAACGUCUAUUCCACGUUGAUUCAAUGUUAUUUCAUUGAAAUGACGUUGAAACAACGUUGAUUCCCCCAGUGUGUGCCCAGUGGAGAGAGUAGUGACACACGUUUGAUUUGAUUUUAUCUGCCAGUGAUGGGCAGGAAGUAUGUUUGUAAAUUAAUUUGUUCAAGCUAUGAAACCUAUGCUUCUUACGGAGCCUUCAUGAUGAAUAAAUAAAACAAAACUGUUUUGUUUCUCUGUAA